AUGACCACGCAAAGUACUGAUGUAGCUACCACUGAAUCUUAUAGACAAUCGCGAGCGUAUAGACGUGGAGAAGAUCACAAUCAUAAUCAUGAUCAUGAUCAUGAAGAAGAAGAAGAAGAAGAAGAAGAAGAGGAGGAGGAUAAUCAAGCAGAUAUGGAUCAGAUGGACGUGGACGGAGAUAUGGAUUCAAAAUCUCUAGCAGAGUCGAAAGGAGAGUACUGGGGCGGGUAUUACGACUUCCUCAUAAACGAAGGGAGCUACAAAUUUUGGGCUGUCUUUCAACUUGCCACCGCUGCGCUCCUCAUAUACAGCGGUUUCGCGGCUCUUUACUACGCCAAGGUUAAUCCUUCGACCACCGAUGACUACGAGGAUUAUUUCCUUCGCAGAAGAAAGCGUCAUAUUAGCGACACGCUUUUUAAACUCGACGACGCCACAUUCCAAAGGAUUAUCGACGCAUUGGAACUUAAUAUUCAUUAA